UAACUUUAGUUCUAUUUCAAAUUAUUAAACCGUAUCUAGAUAUUGGUUAAAUAGGUCAUUCAAAGUUCCAUAUUUCGACAUUUAUGGGGUUGGGUGUAAACGAGAGCGGUAACGUGAGUUAGUGCGGCCACUAAACCGCUGCAGCUCAGUUACAACGAGCUUAACACAUACACGUGACGAUAUUAUAAUAAUUAUGGAAACAGGUGAUGUUAGCCAGUACAAUUAUUUAUAAACCAAAAUACUUAGUAGCAACUAGCACCGAAUCCUCCCCGCUUCACCCUGCUCCAUAUUUAUCCCAGUUGAGAUGCUGAUUACAGCUGUUCUGCUACUCGUCUCGGUAGCCUCAGCUGACGACUGUCCACUAGGUCACUAUCUAGCCUACCAGUCUGAAGUCUGCACACCUUGUCCUCAGGGCACGUUCAGCAACAUCGUGAACCCUGUGGCCUGCAGAGCGUGUCCUAGAGACCAGUACAGCUCUGUUGAAGGAGCAGUGCAGUGCGUGUCAUGUCCCAAAACUGCUUACACUCUGUCUGAAGGAUCCAAAUCUCAAGAUGAUUGUGUUGGGCCUGUCAUGGAGAUCUGCUCGAAAGUGGAGUUUGGAGGGGACUGUUAUAAGUUCCAUGAUAACAGUUUAAAGGUACAUAUGGCGGUAAAUUCGCUAAGGGUCAUUCGAGGGGAGUUCAAGGUCUACGAAGACGUUGAGUUAAUGGGAUCUUCUAGUAUUCUUAAGGAAGGCUUUGAAGCAAGGAAUACGUCUGAUAUUUCCGCUAUUGGUUCUUUUUCUGCCCUUACAAACGACGUCUUUUGUUACAUGGAGAAUGGAAAAACCUUCCGCGGAAACUUUGCAAAAGCCCAGUCAGGAGACUGCAUUAACUGGAACAUAACCUCUUUAGCACAGUUUGCCAAGCCCAACAACCUCUGUCGGAACCCCGACCCAACAGGCGCGCGAAACAAGCCCUUCUGUUAUGUCUCCGAAACAAAGACUGAGACCUGCGAGGAUAUACCCGCGUGCGUGUGGGAGCAGGAAUGUUACUUCGGAUUAGGGCAGGAUUACCGGGGCAAGGUCAGUGAAACUGUGGGAGGGAGCACCUGUCAGAACUGGAGCUCCAACUUCCCUCACGUCCACGGAUAUGAUUCUGAUGAUUACAGUUGGGCUGGGAUUGGGGAUCACAAUUAUUGCAGGACCCCUGACAAAGGCGGGAGACCCUGGUGUUACACAAGUAGUGUGUUUACCAGGUGGGACUACUGCGAUAUUCCAAUAUGCAGACGAAAUUGUAAAGUCCCAAUAUGCAGUGGGAAGGAGUUUCCUUUCUAUAAGAUUGCUUAAUAGAAUCAUCUUUUUCAG